AUGUUCGACCGGAAGCGACCCCAAGGCUUCCAGAAAUCGUUCUACGGCACCGAAGACAGCCCGAGAGUAGCUCAUAAGGAAUACCUCGACUUUUCCCAAAUCGACUCCAUCUUGCCGGCGUCUGUCAAAAAGCAGCAGACACGACCCGAGAUCUCCCGGGAACGAUUGGAAUAUUAUAACGAGGAGCAUCACACGAUAUAUCGGGGUGAUCGAAAUGCGCAAAAAUCCGAGGAUCAGGGGUCGUUUGACAGUGAGGAGACGGCGAGCACCCAUAUGAGCAAGGAGAGCUUGGAGGAGCAGCCCAAGCCCCAACUCGUCGGAAUCGUACCAAUGUUCGACCGGAAGCGACCCCAAGGCUUCCAGAAAUCGUUCUACGGCACCGAAGACAGCCCGAGAGUAGCUCAUAAGGAAUACCUCGACUUUUCCCAAAUCGACCCCAUCCUGCCGGCGUCUGUCAAGAAGCAGCAGACACGACCGGAGAUCUCCCGGGAACGAUUGGAAUAUUAUAACGAGGAGCAUCACACGAUGUAUCGGGGUGAUCGAAAUGCGCAAAAGUCCGAGGAUCAAGGGUCGUUUGACAGUGAGGAGACGGCGAGCACCCAUAUGAGCAAGGAGAGCUUGGAGGAGCAGCCCAAGCCCCAACUCGUCGGAAUCGGUGUCGUUGCUGAUCGGCCGUUCAGCGGCGGCAGGAGGUCGUUCGGAAAUUCGGGUCCGGGCUGGAAUGGCGAAGCCCAGAGCCCGCAACUUUCCCCCAGGCAAUACGAGCCCGUUCGGGAAAUCUACCGCGAGAACAAUGUUUCUUAUGACAAGCAUAUU